GUUCUCAGAUGAAGCAUGGCUUUGAAACUUGGAGUUUGCUGCAGCUUUUCCUUUACUGCAUGUAGAAACAUUUUUAUUCCUGCUAUGGAUCAGUUUUCCCAAUUGCUUUAGAGACUGAAACAUCAUGGUUGUAGACACAAAAAAGAGUGUGUGUAUGUGGACUUCCUGGCUACAGAUGUGAGAAAAGAAAAUGGACACCUGCCUGCCAGAGUAAAUAACCUAUCCUGUUCUUAUGUGACUAUCAUACAUUUUGACUCAGGACUCCUGACUCACUGGUGUCUUUGUGCAAGAUGACUUCACAUAAGCACAGCUUUCAGUGUUUUGAUGCGGUUGUGGAAAAGUCAUCUUUUACUGCUGGGCAUAACUUUGUAUUACCGCACAAAAGCACAUUUGCCUCAACACACUUGGAGCAGCUGGAGAAUCGGAGAUGUUCCUUGUGUUCAGAAUCUCAGCAGGCCAAGCCAGUGACUUCAGAAGUCUCAGGGAAUCGGUCUGCUUUAUGGUUCCAAGCUCAAAGCCCAAGUCAGCAACAUACACCCAGAAGGCCCAUGCGUCCAGAGGGGGAUCUGGUAGACAGUGUUGCCCAUCAAAACCACAGUCAGCGCCACCAUUAUCACACCCACAAGCACUGCAAAAGGAUUGUGCUUGUGAAGAAUAGCAACCCGUCCAUCCAGAAAACCAUUCUGCUACACCACAAGCCUGUGCACAGUCUUAGUGUCUUUAUGGAUGAUGUUUCUGAUCUCAUGCAUUGUCUCAUCAGAAAGCUAUACACGCUGGAUGGUCACAAGAUUGACAGCAUCCAGAGUCUCUUACAGGGCCCUGGUGUUUUGGUUUGUGUGGGCCGUGAACCAUUCCACCCACUUUUUAAGGACAGUUUCCAAAAGAAUUCUGAAGAUAAGCUUCCAAAAUUGAUCCUGAAGCCACAGUCUAAUACCUACAAAAAGGAUCAGGGGUACAAGAAAAAUGUCAACAAUGGAGUAAAAGCGAAGAAAUCACCAGAUCCUUAUCCUAAAGCCAGAAAGAAUACACUGGAUGAAGACAUCGAAAAACGGGUACUUGUCAAUAAAGAUGGUAGCUUGUCAAUGGAGAUGAAAGUGCGGUUUCGACUGCUAAAUGAUGAGACAUUACACUGCUCUACUGAGAUUAAGAAAUCCUCAUGCACUUUUAAUGUGUCCUUUCCGGGACAAAACAAUGUGUACUCUCCUCACAGUAGCUAUGGCGAAAGUUGCUCAGCGGCAGAGUCCCUGUCUGCUAGUGACAUUGAUGAUGUGUGCAUUUCCAAACUUUACCAGAAGAAUAUGGAAGAGCCACAUUGUCAACACUGCUGCACACACUGUGAGAAGUAUGACAUUUGGAACGAUCCAGCCCUUAGUGAGCAAGAAACUCUUGGACACAUCGGAUCCUCUUGCUCAAGUGCUCCAUCGCAUAAAAUAAAAUGCAAGAAAGAUUCUUUUGACAGUAUACAUACAACAUCAUGUGAGGAAUACACUGAGCAAGUAGUAGAAAAGGAAACCUGCAUUCAGAAGACUGUUGUAGAGGGGGACAACGGUGACAACAUAGUUAGAUAUCGCACCAUUAGUCGUUGCUGCAAUCGUAGUGGAGUGUGUUCUGUUUCAACGAAGGCAAAGAAAGCAGGCUAUGCUGAUGAGAAGCAUGAAGAAAAUGAAAGCCCUCAUGCAUGCACUGAAAAAGUUCCCUCUAAAAAGAUUCAGCAUACAAGGGAGGAUGAAAGGCCUUUAUCUGUUGAAACCAAUUCCUCAGAUAUUCUGGCAACUUUUAAAGGGGAUGAAGAUAAUGAUGAACGUGAUAUCUCUACAUCCCAAAGUUGCGAAGAGAAUGAUGAAAAAACCAGAAAUACUAAAGUGAGCCCUUAUUCAUUCACACCCUCUAAGCCACUGGAAUCUCCGAAGCAGCCUUUAUCAACUAGGGCAUCAAGCACAGCUUCAUGUUGUUCAGUGAAAUCCAAAUCCUUCAGAAGGUUUGUAGUGAGAGAAACACAGGAAACUGUUGACCAAGAUAAAAAAAAUGCACCUUCCUCUCCACCACAUGAGUGUCAACAAAAAGAAUCAAUAGAUGUGGCUAUGGAAAAUGAUAUAUCUGAAGAGAAAUUGAAGGCAAUCAUGCAAUCAGAAGAUUUCUUAUAUACAGAAACUGGCAUGAGAACAGCAUCUGAUUUGUCAAAAACAUGUGAUGACAUUUCAGGGGAUACUGUAGAAACUUCUCGGUCAAAUAAAAAUGAAAGAUCAAAAGGCUUGUCAACACCACAAAAUCGACAUGCCCAUUUAAACAAUUCUAAUAAUUCUGUCGUAGAUGAACAAGAAUUUCUUAAAAUCAGCAAUUCAACUCAAAAAUAUUCAAUAAAAGAAGAGAAUAUUGAAGUGACAUCACUUGCCACAUUUGCUGAUUCAGACACAUAUCAGUCCCCAGUAACAAAAAACAAAUAUGAAGAACCAGCAGAUGCCACUCAAGAUGAAAGAAUUGCAAGCUCUAUGUCACCUAAAUCAAAUGAUUCAACAAGAUCAAGUCAGUCCAGAUUGUCUAUAGUCGCAUGUAAAGAAACAAGGGAAUCUAAACUGCAAAACUGGGAAAGAACCCAAACUGAAAUAUCUGUUGAUUCCUCUGCAUCUACAAUCUCAAAACAAUCAACAUUUACAUAUAAACAAGGUGAAGGGACUGAAGACCAGGCAGGGAAGAAAAUGCCUCAUGCACUGUCAAUGGUAUCACAAUCAUCACAAAUGUCAGAUCUGAAGACUUCUGAGUUUACAGGAAUGAAAGACUCAAUAGAAGACAGAUCUCCUAGCAUCAUGUCUGUCAAAUCUAGUGUCUCAGAAGCAACUUCUGUUAACCUUGUGAAAGUAGAGUCAUCUGAAAGCCUAAAAAGUGCUUUGUCAAUCAAGACAAAUACAUCAGAUCAAUCAAGAACAUCUAAAGUUUCAGCUGGAAUGCCAGUAGACAUGGAUACUGGACAUUUAAAGGAGCGAGUACCAAGUGUCAUGUCUGGUAAAUCUGAUGUUUCUGUAAAAUCUAAAACAUCAUAUAUCUUUGAUAGCAGCCCCUAUUCUAGUAAUGGAGAAGAUGCAAUAGAGGACUGUGCUCCAAGUGCAAAAUCAAAUAACUCUAAUAUUGCUUCAAGGUCAAAUACAACAAUGGUUUCAACCAUGGGCCCUGAAGAAGCAGAGCUUUUAGAGGAGAAAAGGCUAAAAAGACCCUCAAGUGUGAUGUGUUCUAAAUCUUGUAAAUCUGCUCCUUCUGUAAGAUCAGCAAAUACCAAAACAGGUGAUGGAAAAGAUGAUAAUACAGCUGAAAAUAUAGAGCAACUGCAGAGAUACAAGAGAUACAUAAAUGUAAUGCCUUCUAAUUUCAGUGAUUCAGAUCUAUCAAAGGGAGCCAAAACUUCUAGAGCUAUGCCGGACAAGUCUAAUGAUUUUAAAGACAAAUCGGAAGAGCAAGCUACCAUCACAAUGUUCACAAAAUCAAGUACCCCUACACAAUCAAAUAAGUCAGAAAUACUGGAAACAGCUGCGGGGGGAAUAAAGGGAAGACCUUCAAGUAAAUUGUCUUCAGUUUCAAAAGAAUUAGAAAAAUGCAUGAUUUUGGAAACAGCAAGGCAAUGCAACCAUACAGAAAAGAGACCUACAUGCAUUAUGUCAAGUACAGGUAUGGGGGAAAAAGAGGAAAGAUCUCCAAGUGCAAUGUCUUUAAAAUCAAGUGUUUCUGAAAAAUCUGAAAAGAUUUCAGAAGCAGCACAGGAAUGUGACCAUCCAGAAAACAGACAAGCAAGCGUUAUGUCCAUCACAUCAGUUGAAUCUAUGGAGUCAGCAGUUUCUGGUGUCCCAUGUGAAAAUGUGGACGAUGAAACAAAACACAGUGCUCAAAGGUCAGAAAAUGCAUUGUUGAUAAGAUCUCCAAGAUCUGGAAAGUCAAAAGCAAAGGCAACUGAUUGUGCAAUUGAUGGGUUAGAUACAGCACCAACUCAAAGUACAGUGUCAAGAAAAUUGAAUGAAUCUAAACCUUUAAAGAAAACGUCUGUUUUAGAAUGUUAUGAAGAACCCCAAAUACCAAACACAGAACAAGUAGUAGAGAGAUCACCUAUUGCAGUCUCUGCUAAAUCUAACACCUUUGUCAGAUCAGAGAAGUCAGAUACACAAUCAAACAGAAAAGUGAAGAAACCACAUCUUAACACCACUUCUCCAGAAUCUAGAACGUCUGCCAAAGAUGAAAGGUUAAGCAUAUCAAACAGUUCUCCAAAUGUCGAUGAUAUUAAAUCUGAGGAAGCUUGUGAUAUUAAGAUAGAGGAAAGAGCAGCAAGUAGCAUGUCGACCAAAUCCAGUGUAUCCUCUAGAUCUAUGGAAUCCAAUAUUUCAGCUUUGUCUGGUGGACAGACUGACACUGAAAAUUUCAAUAGAAGGUCUGAUAUUGCUCUGUCUGCGUUAAAGAUAUCCAUGACAGACUAUUCAAAUAAUGCUGACAAUGAAGAGAGGGUGUCCAGUGCUUUAUCCAAAAGUUCUAACAGUUCAGUUCACCACAAUUCUGAAAGGGUUUUAACUCCAGCAAGCGCUUCAGUAUCCAUUGGAAUUGUAGAGGAAUAUGAUGAUGAUAAUGUUGAAGAAGACUCCAAUGUGUCUUUGGCCUCAGUACAUUCUACAUCACAUCUGAACUCAAAAACUAUGUGUUGCAAAGAUUCAUCAAAAGCGAUUGAAAACAAAAAUCAGCAGUACGGGCAAACACCAGAAGACAGCAAUAAAAGUUCAACAGGGACAAUUGUCUCAGAUAUAUCAAGGAAAUCAGAAUGCACUCAGAAGAACUCUAUUCAGGCAAUAUUAGACAAUGAAGUGGCAAACACUAAAUCUACAAAAAAAAGCUCCAAGAAAUCUUCCAAUCACAGUUUGAGCAGCAGGUCCUCUAAAAUUGUAGGCAGAACUUUCCCAGCAGUGCCUGACCAACCAAAUAUAUCCAAUACACUGCUACAUUUGGAAGCAAAUGGACAUAAUGGUAAAGUUAAUGACAAAUGUCACAGUGUAGAUGAACGAUUCAAAAGCAAUCUUUCAGGUUACCGACACUUUAAAAAACAAAAGGAAGAGAUUUCAAGGCCACAUUCAGCAGAUAUACCUUCAACCACAGUUUCAGGGAAGAAAUCCACAGAGCCGGUUAUUUUCCUUGGUGUCUCAAAUCAUCAUUCGAAUCCAUCAAAUGAAAAUACCAACAAAUUAAAUGGUUCUCUGGGUGCUACAGAUUGUAGUAGGAAUGCCAUUGAUAACCAAAGUGAAAAAAACAGUAACUCUAUUUACAGACACAGCAGCAGCUCUUCGCUCGGAAGGCAGAAAAGAACUCCUGUGAGUUGGUCCCAUCUAUCUUACCGAGUUCUUCUCCUAGAGAAGUAGAAUGAGUGGUUGGAAAAAAGUCCACUAGAUUGUGCUUUAUAUGAUGUUGGGGACGAAUUCCAUGAGAACUGUAAGGAAGGAGAACCAUUAAAUAUGUCAGGAGAACUUACACAAUAUGGAAGUGGAAAAGAAAGUGAUGGAGAAGCUGAUGCAGUUGUGCCACAAAAGGAGCAUCCAGUAGUUGAGAAUAAUGAGGACACAGUGGGUGAUAUAAAAGACACUAUGAAAGGGCUUGCAGUUGAAGAAAACAAUCAACCCUGUUAUUUUCCUGAAGUCCCUUCUUCUGUCCGGCUUAUGAAAAUUUUACUUAGUCCCAAACUUGACCGAUGUAACAGUUUACCAGAAGUAUCUCCUGUUUAUGGUAGAAGACUUAGCACAUCCGCAAGAGGGUUUUUAGACAGCCUGGUUAACCUUCACUUGUUAGAUUUUGAUUCCAAGGAUGUGAAUGACAAAGCUGAAAAGUACAAUGAUCUCAUGAACAUGCUUCAAUCUCUUUGGCUAUGUGAUCCUUCGGACAGAUUAGCAAUCAUACCGAAAAACAAAUGUACCAAACAACAGUCUAUGAAUGAAAAAUUCAAUGUCAAGCCAUCCUCAGCGGUAGAUCUUAACAGUAGCUCCCAAGACUCUGGAAAGAGUAGUGCUGAUGAGAGCAUGAUGGCUCAAAAAUCCCAAGCAAAUACAGCAGGUGAUGCCACUGAGAUAUUGACAAAUGUACAAGACACUGAUACAAAAGAGAAGACAUUUAAUGGAAUAGAAACAAAAUCUGAUCCAGCAACCCCUGAUAUUGCAAGUCGGAGCCGAUGGACACCAGAGAAUGGGGCUGAGGAGAAUAUGCAUGUUGUCUCAGAUUUGAUAGACAGAAGAAACAAUUAUCGAAGAGAACUUACUGACAGAGCAUCCAUUUCAAACAAGAGCUAUGGAAAUUAUAGUACUGCUGAUCAAAAGCUAACUGACCAUGAAGAAGAUGCAAGUUCAGAAUCUCAAACAUCAGAGCAAUAUUCUGAGUUAACAGAAAAUGUUUUUCAAGAUCACGAUCCUGUGUGGGUUCUGAAUCUGUUGAAUAAAAUAGAAAAGCAGUUUAUGACACAUUAUGUCACGUCAAUGGCUGAAAUUAAAGUCCGCUGGAACUUAAAUGACAAUGAGCAGCUUGACAUCAUGAUAUGUGAAUUAAGAGAUGAGGUCCAUAAAAGAAUACAAGCUAGCAUACACAAUGAACUCAGAAAAAUACAGGCUCAUGCAGGACGACCUAAGCCACCAAAACAAAGCAUGUCACGUGGAUCAAGUGUUUUAACUAAUCAAAGGCACAGGCGUCUAAAAGUAAGUCUCAACCAGUCUGUAGAUCCAGCAGUGAACGCUGAUGACGACAACUCAGCAACAAACGAUGAUGAACACUGCCCAUGUGACACAUGCAUUAAAAAGAAAGCAUCACCAAGGCCUGUGUUAACAAUGGAUGUCUCGAACUGUGCUCCAAAAAUAUUAGACUUUGAUUUGAGAAAUAUUCUCCAUUUAAAAAGAAACCUUCCCUCAAAUAGCAAAAAAAAUGUGAUAGAAACUGGAAACAAAGAACAACUCACAGAGGUUCCAAAUCUGGUCGAAGAUGCUUUACUCGACAGCUCCAAGAGUGAGGUGAAGCAGGAGAUAGAAUGUGAAUUUAAAUUAUUAGAACAGGAACAAAAUGAAUCUGAAAAAUCUAAUCAUAAAGUUCUUGAAUAUGCCCAAACUUUUGUGGAAAGCAAACAACAUGAGGUUAAAACAUCAAGUGUUGAAACAGGAGAAGAGACAGCAGAAGACAAAACAGACAAAAAAGAGUCAAUAGAAGAAGAAACAAAUGAAGGCAUUGAGGUUACAGAAGGAGAAAUGUCUGAAUCUGAACCCGAAGAAGGAGAAGAAAUAUACAAGGAUGAAAACAAGAAGCAUGAGGAUGCUGAAACUGAAACUACAUGGAACAACAUGUCAGAGAAACCUGAUACAGCAGAAAAAAGAGAAUUAGCUGGAAUAGAGGAAGAAAGGGGAGCUAACCAUAAAUCAGAUGGAAUAACAUAUUUAGAAGAUGGAACAGUUGAAGAUGAUACUGCAGAGGCAGAGAAAAGUGAAAGCACAGAUACAGAACAAAGAGAUGGAAAUGAUUCAGCUAAAGAAGAUGUAUAUAUAAAGAAAAUAAGCAAGGAGAACAGUGAAGAUGACUUAUUGGAUGAGGAAAAGGUCAUUGAACCUGCAGAAGAUGGAGAUAUAACUGAGCAUGAGUCUGCAGAAGGGGCUAAUCCAAUGAACAAUGAAUCAGCAAAAGAAGGUGAAACAGACAAUGAUAAAUUAGAUGGGGAAGUAUCUGAAACAACUGAAGAUAGAGAGACUAGCAGGGACAAUUUGGCAGAUGUGGGAGAUAUGAGUGAAGCUAAAGCAAAAGAAGAAGAUGAAGCUACAGAAACAAGUAACACUCAAACAGUGGAAAAUACAUUUGAUGAUGCAACAGAAGAAUAUAAAGAAACACCUACAGCUAAAACCACAGAAAUUGCUGAUGAUGAAAAAGCGGAUGAUGCAGUGGCAGGUGAUGCUGAAAACAGAGAAACAGAUGAUAAUGAAACAUCAGAUAUUGAUGAAACUGUAGAUAGUGGAAACACAACUAAAGCCAAGACUGAAGAAUGUGAUGAAGCACAUGAUGACGGAACAUCAGAGGAAGGAAAGUCUGUUGAAGCUGUAGUGGUGGAAGAUGAGCAGACAGAUGAAGCAGCAGAAGAAAAUGGAAACAAUAAUAAAGAUGAUGAAAGAACAGAAGAGUCAGAGAGGUCCAAAUCUGAAGUAGCAGAAGAGAUUGUUAAAAAUGAAAUAGUUAAAGGAGAAGAAGAAGGAAAGGUGAAUGGAGACGUAUUUAAAACUAAAGCUUUAAAGGACUUUGUUGGAGACAGAAUGAAUGUAGAGAAUAUACAGAAAACUGGACCUACAAAUAAAGAAAAAACAGCUAAUGCAAUAGCUAAUUAUAAAACUGCAGACACUAUAGAGAUGGAUACAAGUCAAAGUGAUGAUGGUGAAACAGCUGGUGAUAAAACACCAAAUAACAACACGAUUGAUCACGGAACAGCAGAAGAUGGGCAGACACUAUAUGAUGACAUCACAGCUGAUGAUGGACCAUCAGAAGAUGGAGAGACAACAAAUGACAGCACAUCUGAUGAUGAAACAGCAGUAAAUGGAGUGACGCCAAAUGACAACACAGCUGAAGAUGAACAGACACUAAAUAAUGACAACACAGCUGAUGAUGGACCAUCAGAAGAUGAAGAGACAACAAAUGACAACACAGCUGAUGAUGGACCAUCAGAAGAUGGAGAGACAACAAAUGACAACACAGCUGAAGAUGAACAGACACUAAAUAAUGACAACACAGCUGAUGAUGGACCAUCGGAAGAUGGAGAGACAGCAAAUGACUACACAGAUGAUGAUGGAACAGCGGAAGAAAGAGAGACAACAAAUGACAACACAGAUGAAGAUGGACAGACACUAAAUGAUGACACAGCUGAUGAUGGACCAUUGGAAGAUGGAGAGACAGCAAAUAACUACACAGAUGAUGAUAGAUCAGCAGAAGAUAGAGAGACGCCAAAUGACAACACAGCUGAAGAUGGAACAGCUGAAGAUAAACAGACACUAAAUAAUGACAACACAGCUGAUGAUGGACCAUCGGAAGAUGGAGAGACAGCAAAUGACUACACAGGUGAUGAUGGAACAGCAGAAGAAAGAGAGACACCAAAUGACAACACAGUUGAAAAUGGACAGACACUAAAUAAUGACACAGCUGAUGAUGGACCAUCGGAAGAUGGAGAGACAGAAAAUAAUGACACAGCUGAUGAGGGAAGAGAAGAAGAUGAAAAGCUUCCCAAAUCGAAGAUGGAAGAGGUUGAUGAGACAAGUGAAGCUAAAACAGCAGAAGAUAAUCAAAGAGCAGAUGGACAGACAGGAGAUGAUGAAGAAACUGGUGGUGAAACGACCACUGAAACUGAAAAUGAAGAGAAUGAAGAAACAGCUGAGGCUAAAACAGAAGAUGGAGAAACAGCAGAUAGUCGAACUACAGAAGAUGAGGAAACAGUUGAUGAGAGAAAAGCAAAAUAUGAUUAUUCUGCCAAUAAACUAGCACCAAUAACAGAUGUAACAAAUGACAGUGAAUGUCUAGAAAAUGGAGAAACACCAGGAAAUUUAAAUGGAGAAACACAUGAAAGUAACACUACUGAAGCAGUCAUCAAUACAUACAAUAUUAAAACAAAACAAAACUCAGAGAGGUUGCAAUUAAAUCAAGACACAGAGACAUCUGGAAGUAAACGAUUUAAUGUAAAUGUCUAUUCGGUAAACACUCGAGAGUCAGAUGACGGCGGAGAUGAGGCUGAGGAUGACACUGAACCUGUUGUUGAAACAUAUGGAAAGACCCAAGGGAUAAAAAUUCCUGCUACACAGCCAACAAAAUGGCCACUGUGUAAAGAUGACCAAGCUGAUAAAAGAACAAUAGCGUCAUUUAAGUCUACUGUGAAAAUGUACACAGAUUCUGAGGAUGGAGAAGAUGCGGAUGGGGAGGAUUCAGAAACCGAAGUAUACAAGGAGAGCAGUGUUGAAAAUGAAGAAGAUUAAAAACCAUUAAGAUGAAGUGAAAAUAAAAUAUUUUGCAAACAUUUGUGAGGGAAAAAAAAUCCACUGUAGAUGGGGAAGAUGGUGGUCUAUGUCUUUGUUGUUUGAACAGGAAUCAUUGAUAUCAUGGGUAAAAGGUGUUCUGAUUUUUGUCUGUCCUGUUUGGCUGAAGCUGUGUCCAUGAUAUUCUCAAAUUCUUGUUCUUGGCUGAUAAGCAUGGAACCUGUGGCCUUUUCUUGUUGUGCUCCGCCAGCAUUUAGGCUUGAUGGUUUGUGCAUGCUGAGAUGCUUUUCUGCUCACCAUGACUACAGUGAUUAAGAGUAUACAAUAUCCUUUUCUGGUAGCACCAAACAAUCUAUCAUUUCACCAUUAUGUGAAAACUCUAGAGACCAGCAGACCAUGAAUUACUCAAGCCAACUGUUCCAAACAUACAUCCAUCCUUUUUCCAUUUUUGGUGUUUCAAUUAAACACAAAUGGAAGCCCUUGAGCUGUACUGGCAUUUUAUACAUUAGGCUGCUCCAACAUGAUUGGUUGAUUAGAGAACUGCAUAAAAGAGCAGGUACACAGGUGUUCUUAUAGUGGACUUUUAAUCUAUGUGUAAUUGUGAUAUUACAUGCAAUAUGUUGUUAUGCAAAUGUCUGGUUUAGGUGCAAAAAAACACUUAUAAGAAGUGAAAAUAUUAUUUAUGUAACAUUCUGCAAACUUAUUGAUAUUUAAAUCAUAUUUACGUAUUUGGUUGUAUUCAUUUUUUCUUGUUGGUAAAUAGUAGGAAUGUAAAAUAAAAUAAAAAUAUGCCCCAUAAAAAUCAUGCUCCUGUGAAAAGAUCGUGAGUAUCACUUACCUGUCUGUUGAUAACCCUAAAGCAUAUCUAUGUAAAUAGAAAUAAAAAUGCAUGUAUAGCGCUGAUCCCAUAUGAUUGGCUGAUUGUAUGAUUGUGUAAAUUGUGCAUAAAAGUGUUCUUAAUAAAGUAAAUGUAUACAUAUUUAUACAGCACUG